AUGGCGUUCGGAUAUCCCGCAUCGGGCACCUGUGUGGGCGCGUAUGAUAAAAGUUACUACGUGAUCGCUAGUCUGAACGAGAACGGCUCGGCAUCUCUAAAGUUUUUCAAUGAGCGCUCCUGUUCUUCGAACGACUUGUACAAAACCGAUUUCGCGAACAAGACCACCCUCGAGCAGCAUUUGUGCGACGCCAAAGCGUACACGUGGUACAGUAGCAACGACGAUGAGACUUCUAGUAGCAGCAGUAACGGGACCGUUGUUAAUGUUAACGACUCCGGUAACGAGACAUCAGUGAAUGAUCCCCACAAGGGCGUCAGUGAAGAAGGGUUAACCACCUCCAGCAUUGUCGUCAUCGUCUCAGGUCUCUCAGCAUUUGUGGCGACAAUCGUGGCUGCGAGUUUCCUGGUCUACAGACGUCACAUGAAGGUUCAGUCUGUGAAGGACACAAAGGCUACAGCUAUAAACUCAGACCGAAGCAGUGUUGCAUUGCUGGAGACACCCGGGACCGGACAGACUGGACUUGGACGCAGCGUAUUAGGGAAAACUGGACUAUGGGACGACGACGUCAUCACGGCAAAAAGAAUCCCUCGUAACAAGGUACAGACACAGAAACUCAUCAGUCGAGGCGCCUUUGGUGAAGUUUACGCUGGUAUUUUCAACGGACAACAAGUGGCUAUCAAGGUGUUGCUACCGAGCACGCGCACCAAUAUGAAGCAAGUGAACGAGUUCCUUGCUGAAGCCAAGAUGAACGCCACGAUGGAUCAUCCGCAUAUCGUGAUGUUCGUCGGUGUCGCGUGGGACUCGCUCUCCGAUCUCUGUGUCGUGCUUGAAUACAUGCACGGUGGUGAACUGCGAUCGUUGCUCGACCAGUAUCUGAAAUCGAAGCACCCCGUUGGCUUCAAUAAGCAAAAAGCCACCACUGCGCUUCAAGUGUGUCACGCUCUGACGUAUCUCCACUCACUGGACCCACCGGUGAUUCAUCGCGACCUCAAGUCCCGUAACAUUCUGUUUACUAGCGAUAUGGAGGCGAAACUCUCGGACUUUGGCAUCUCACGUGAACGACUCGACCAGACGAUGACUGCAGGCGUGGGGACGUCGCUGUGGAUGGCGCCUGAAGUGAUGAUGGGUGAGCGAUAUGAUGACAAGGCAGACAUGUUCUCGUUCGGUGUGGUGCUGUCGGAGUUGGAUGUCCAUACGAUGCCGUAUGCACACGCGAAGAAGGAAACUUUGGAGUCCAGUGGCCGAGCCAUGGUGGACUCGGUGCUUCUCCAGAAGGUGGCGCUGGGGACGAUCCAAGCGGAGUUUUCAGAGACGACCCCCGAGGAGAUUGUGGAACUUGGUCGUGUUUGUCUGGAUGUGGAUCCGACGAAGCGUCCGAAUGCAGCCGAGGCGCUGUACAAGCUUCACGCUGGCAUAUUCGCUGCAAAGAUGUACUCGAUCUCGGCUUCCUACCUCGGAGACCAAUGCGGAGGCACUCCAUACGCGAUCAACAUCUUUCGUGACAAUAAUUGCUCCAUUGAGACGUGUUCUCCCAGCAGCAACACCUCAAGUGCCGAUAUGAGAACUGUAGACUGCGCUUCGGACUAUAUACAGGCAGCGCGAGACAAGUUUGGGAGCUCUCCGUAUAUUAUCGAGUUGGUGUUUAGAGAUGAGAACUGCUCCGACUUCGGCAUGGGCUACGGGUACCCUGCAUCGGGGACGUGCGUUGGCGGCUACACCGCGAACGACAGCUACUAUGUGAUCGCCAGUCUCAAUAAGGACGGCUCUGCGUCACUUGAACUGUAUCCCGAUCGUUCAUGUUUGUCCGAGUCGCUGUACUCGGUUGAAAGCGGAGACAAAGAGGCUGUUCAAACACACGAGUGCGAUGCUAAUUGGUUCAAAUGGUACAGCAGCAACGACGCAGCGGAUACCAGUGGCAGCACCUUGACGUCGGGGUCAGUGUCAGGAGACAGCUCCAGCGCUGCACUAAGCAACGGUGACAUUCUCGGAAUAAUUCUUGGUAGUUUCGUCUUCUUGAUGGUGUUCCUCGUGGCGGUUUUCCUUCGACUGCGACAAAAAUUAAAGUCGAACGCCUCCACUAUCGAUAGUCUGAGCGCAACCAGCGCAGCGUCAAUUGAGGCUGCCAUAAGAGGACAAACCGGGCUUUGGAACGACGACAUCAUCACCACCAAGAGGAUUCCUAGAGACAAGGUGCAGACAGAGAAAUUAAUCAGCCGAGGAUCGUUUGGUGAAGUGUACGCUGGGAUUUUCAAUGGCCAGCAAGUAGCGGUCAAGAUGUUAUUAUCCGCGUCUCGAGAUAACAUUACGCUUGUCAAUGAGUUCCUCGCUGAAGCCAAGAUGACUGCGACGAUGGAUCAUCCUCACAUCGUCUCGUUCGUGGGAGUUGCUUGGGAUUCUCUCACUGAUCUCUGCGUGGUACUUGAGUAUAUGGAUGGAGGAGAACUGCGCUCGCUGCUCAAUAGCUACUUGGAGUCGAAAAAUCCUGUGGGUUUUGACCGGGAGAAGGCUACGAUUGCACUUCAAGUAUGUCAUGCAUUGACCUAUUUGCACUCUUUAAUGCCAUCAAUUAUCCAUCGAGACCUCAAGUCCCGUAACAUUCUUCUAGACAAAAAUAUGCAGGCUAAGCUGUCUGAUUUUGGCAUCUCUCGUGAACGGCUUGAUCGUACGAUGACCGCGGGAGUGGGGACUUCACUGUGGAUGGCACCUGAGGUCAUGCUGGGGGAGCAUUACGACGACAAGGCCGAUAUGUUCUCGUUUGGAGUGGUGUUAUCAGAGCUGGAUAUGCAUACACUUCCUUACGCUCGUGCCAAGAAGGAGAAUCUGGAUUCAAACGGCCGUGAAAUGAUAGACUCUAUUCUACUGCAGAAGGUGGCGCUGGGGAAGCUGCAGGUCGAAUUCUCCAAUCCUAAACCGCGAUCUAUUGGGGAAUUGGGUCGUGCGUGUAUAUCGAUUGACCCAACGGAGCGACCGAGCGCAGCAGAAGCACUGUACAGACUGCAGGUGAUCUUGUCGAAGAGGAGAAUUGUGUGAGCGCCGAUUAUGCAGCACAUUAAUUUAUCAAUCUUUAUCGUAAUUUUGUGAACGAAUACGGACCGUGUUGUAUCGUGAC